UGUUUCUACAGGAAGGCGGACAUGUUCGUCAGGCAGUGGGAGAAUAUCGGGCACUUUUUUUUUAAAAUAGCAUCGAUUAAAGCCUGAUUUAUCCUUAUUGUUACAGCCUCGUGGAUUACAUGAUCGCUGGGAAACCUAAAACUGACCUGCGGACCAAGAGAGAUUACUUGCGGACGGACUUAAAAAGGAUCGUUUUAACCAGGAUCGUCUUUUAACUAAUCGAAAUUUGAAAGGCGAAGUUUUUUUCGCCACUUCUUACUUUGCAGCUGUCAGACUUGUUUGGCCUGGCAUUCGUUCAUAUAGACACAAAUCUGGAUGAUCUAACUUAAUGUGGCCGCAUGUUAACUUCGCAACACUUAUUUUAUUACUUAUUUUGCGUGAAUGUGAUCAGUUCGUGUAUGUUUUUUAAGUAGUCUGCUCCCCUCGUUUUUUCAUGAAGCUAAAUUAGCUUAGCGCCGUAUAAUCUGUUGCUGCUACAUUUUGUGUUUGUUUGCCAAGUUGUCAUGGACUAAUCCGGACGCCUCGUCUUGGUGUGUUUUUUUCCUGAAAAUGUGGCUUUUUGUCAUCUCUCGGUCUUUUAUAAGUUUCAACGAGAGUGAUAAUAAGGCUGUAAGACAUAAAACGUCGCUUUGAUCAAACUGGUGUUUAUUGCAUUUUGAGGGCAGGGGAAGUUAGCGAGCUAACUCGCUAAUUUUAGCCAGAUCAACUAAUUUCUCUUGAAUUAAACUCAUCUGAUCGCCUACAAACAUGUCUGUUGGAGAAAGUAUGACAGCUCGUUUCGAGAAGAUCGAUGCUAUGCUGAAGGAUCCCAAAUCAGAGAUCAACACAGACUGUCUGUUGGACAGUUUGGAUGCUCUGGUCUACGACCUUGAUUUUCCAGCCUUGAGGAAAAACAAAAGCAUCGAUAAUUUCUUAAGCAGAUAUAAGGACACAAUCAGCAAAAUCCGAGAGCUUCGUAUGAAAGCAGAGGAUUAUGAAGUGGUAAAAGUCAUAGGCAGAGGGGCAUUUGGAGAAGUACAACUGGUGAGGCACAAAGCCACAUUGAAGGUAUACGCCAUGAAGCUGCUCAGCAAGUUUGAGAUGAUCAAGAGGUCGGACUCCGCUUUCUUCUGGGAAGAGAGGGAUAUUAUGGCCUUCGCCGAUAGUAAUUGGGUAGUACAGCUGUUUUAUGCAUUCCAAGAUGGCCGCUACCUCUACAUGGUGAUGGAAUAUAUGCCGGGCGGUGACCUGGUCAACCUCAUGAGCAACUAUGACGUGCCCGAGAAGUGGGCACGUUUUUACACUGCUGAGGUGGUGCUGGCACUGGAUGGCAUCCACUCCAUGGGCUUCAUUCACAGGGACGUAAAGCCUGACAAUAUGUUAUUAGACAAGUCAGGCCACCUGAAGCUGGCUGACUUCGGGACCUGUAUGAAAAUGAACAAGGAUGGUAUGGUACGAUGCGACACGGCAGUAGGAACUCCAGACUACAUUUCUCCAGAGGUACUGAAAUCACAGGGAGGAGACGGCUACUAUGGUCGAGAGUGUGACUGGUGGUCUGUUGGGGUCUUCCUGUAUGAGAUGCUAGUUGGUGACACACCGUUCUAUGCUGACUCGCUAGUGGGCACCUACAGCAAGAUCAUGAACCACAAGAAUGCCCUGACCUUCCCCGAUGACAGUGACAUCUCAAAGGAUGCAAAGAGCCUUAUUUGUGCUUUUCUCACAGACAGGGAAGUGCGAUUAGGACGCAAUGGAGUCGAUGAGAUCAAGCGGCAUUCUUUUUUUAAGAACGACCAGUGGACAUGGGAGAACAUUAGAGAAACUGCUGCCCCCGUGGUCCCAGAGCUUAGCAGUGACGUCGACACGAGUAACUUCGAUGACAUUGAGGAGGAUCGAGGGGAGGAAGAGACGUUCCCCAUCCCUAAAGCAUUUGUCGGCAACCAACUUCCCUUUGUGGGCUUCACCUACUACAGCAAUAACCAGUUUCCUCGGGAAGUAAACACAAAAAGUGACAGAUCGACUAAAGAAGAUAAAAGUCAACUGGAGAAUCUUCAGAAGAGGAUCUAUCAACUAGAAGAACAACUUCACAGCGAGAUGCAGCUGAGGGAUGAGAUGGAGCAGAAGUGCAGGGCAUCCAACACAAAACUAGACAAGAUAAUGAAAGAGUUAGACGAGGAGGUCAACCUGAGGAAGAGUUUGGAGGCUAACGUGUCUUUACUGGAGAAAGACAAGAUCAUGACCCAGCACAGGGCAACAGAACACCAGAGAAAAGCUGAUCAGGAGGCAGAAAAGCGGCGAAAUCUGGAGAAUGAGGUGUCCACUUUGAAGGAGCAGCUGGAAGACCUGAGGAAAAUAAGCCAAAACAACGAGAAGAUCGCUCAGCUGCAGAACCAACUGGGGGAUGCCAAUGACCUUCUGCGGGCCGAGUCGGACACGGUGGUGCGUUUGAGGAAGAGUCACACUGAGAUGGUGAAGUCCAUGAGUCAGCUGGAGGGUGUAAACCGCGAACUGCAGGAGAAGGGCCGUGCGGCGGAGAGCGCCAGACAGCAGCUGGAGAAAGAGUUACUUCAGCUACAGACCACGCUGGACACUGAGAGGAGAACAUGCAGCCAGGGCUCAGAGGAGAUCCGAGAACUGCAGGCUCGUAUCACAGGUCUGCAGGAGGACAACAAGAACUUGAAGCAGAGCAUUUCAAAAGUGGAACUGGAGAGGAAGCAAGUCCAGGAGAGAUGUAACGCCCUUGAGAAGGAGAAGAACAGUCUGGAAAUUGACCUGAACUACAAGCUGAAGACCCUGCAGAAGCAUCUGGAUCAGGAGCUGACCGAGCACCGCGUCACCAGAGCUCAGCUCACCGACAAAUACGAAUCCAUCGAGGAGGCCAAGUCGGCUGCUAUGCACGCGGUGGAGCAGAAGGUGUCUGAGGAAACCUCGCAGCGGAUGCGAGUGGAGAGCCGGGUUGUUGAGGUGGAAAAGCAGUGCUCCAUGUUGGAGUUUGACCUCAAGCAGUCCGUGCAGAAAAUGGAGCAGCUGAUGAAGCAGAAGGAGCACUUGGAGGAAGAGGUGAAGGUCCUGCGGGUGCAGCUGGAGCAGGAAUCCGGGAAACGCGCUCUCGCCCAGAACGAACUGAAAAGCUGGAGGAUAGAGGCCGAGCAUCUGAAGGGAUCAGAAAAGCAACUCAAGCAGGAGAUCAACGUCGCUCUUGAGAACAAACGCUCGCUUGAGUUCCAGCUGGCACAGCUCACCAAGCAAUACAGAGGGAAUGAAGGUCAGAUGAGGGAACUUCAGGACCAGCUGGAGGCUGAGCAGUAUUUCUCUACUCUCUACAAAACUCAGGUGAAGGAGUUGAAGGAAGAUGUUGAGGAGAAGAAUCGGCAGAUCCAGGAGGCUCAAAGAAAAGUUCAAGAGCUUCACUCUGAAAAGGAGUCUCUCUCUGCUCAGUUGGACCUCACCGUGACAAAGGCUGAAUCGGAGCAGUUGGCCCGGGCGUUGCAGGAGGAGCAGUAUUUCGAGCUCUCUCAGGAGAACAAAAAAGCAGCCUCCCGAAACAAACAGGAACUCUCGGAUAAGGACUCGAUCAUCACACGGCUUGAGGAAUCCAACAAAACCCUUACCAAAGAUGUGGAGAUCCUCAGCAAGGAGAAGACCGAGUUAAGCGAGAGACUCCGAGAUCAAGAAGAAGCGUUUGCAGCAGAAAAGGAAGACGUGGCAAACUCAGUCAAGGCGAACUAUGAGAAGGCCCUUAACAUAGAAAGAACUUUGAAGACCCAGGCGGUGAAUAAGCUGGCCGAGAUCAUGAACCGUAAGGAUAUGAAGUUGGGUCAGAAGAAGAGAGACAGCACGACUGACUUGCGCAAGAAAGAGAAGGAAAAUCGCAAACUGCAGCUCGACCUGAACCAGGAGAAGGAGAAGUUCAACCACAUGGCCAUCAAGUACCAGAAAGAGUUCAGUGAGAUGCAAGCACAACUGGCGGAGGAGUGCACGUAUCGCAAUGAGCUGCAGAUGCAACUGGACAGUAAAGAGAGUGACAUCGAGCAGCUCAGAGAGAAACUAAGCGACCUGCAGCUCCGCAUGGACAACUCCAGCGUCACCAGCCUACAACCAGAUGAGAUAGACAGUAACAUCGCAGAAUCAAGACUUGAAGGUUGGCUCUCAAUACCGAAAAGGGCUAAUAUAAAACGAUACGGCUGGAAGAAGCAGUAUGUCGUGGUGAGCAGUAAGAAAAUAUUGUUUUACAAUGAUGAGCAAGAUAAGGAGCAGUCCAACCCAUCUAUGGUACUAGACAUCGACAAACUAUUCCAUGUACGGCCUGUCACACAAGGCGACGUGUAUCGAGCGGAGUCUGAUGAAAUUCCCAGAAUAUUCCAGAUCCUUUAUGCCAAUGAAGGUGAGUGUAGGAAGGAAGCUGACAUGGAGAACGUUCCUCAGGGCGAUAAGGCCAACUUCUUGCCCCACAAAGGCCAUGAGUUCAUUCCCACCCUCUAUCAUUUCCCAACUACCUGUGAGGCUUGCUCCAAACCGCUCUGGAAUAUGUUCAAGCCCCCGCCGGCUCUGGAAUGCCGCCGUUGCCAUGUUAAAUGCCACAAAGAUCACCUGGACAAGAAGGAGGAUGUUAUUGCUCCUUGCAAAGUCAAUUACGAUGUGACAUCUGCCCGAGACAUGCUACUUCUGGCCUUGACCCAAGAUGAGCAGAAGAAAUGGAUCGGUCAUCUCGGCAAGAAGAUUCCCAAGACCCCUCCUUCCACCUUCUCAAGGGCUUCCCCACGCACGAUGUCCACUCGCUCUGUAGCAAACCAGUCCUUCCGCAGGACCCAAUCAAAUAGAGCCAAGCUCAGCAGGGCGCAGUCCACUCUCCAAGCGGCAGACACAACAUCCAGCACAUGCUGACAACAACACACAGCUGCUCCAGACCUUAAUGUUCUAAUGUUAACCACCUAAACCUUGGGACUGAAUUGGGACAUUGUACAUUCUUCUCCAAAAUCUGCAAAGAACUUAAAAAGAAAAGGUCAAACUAAAAAGUGAAAGCAAAACUCGGAAUUAACAUUGUUACAUUUCACAACUGAAUUGAAAUAUAACCAGCGUUUUCGGGCUUUGCCCAUCACGAGGCGGUCUCCUUUUGUGCCCUCUCCCCAACACUGGGAUUUCCUCAACUUCCACACCUCAACUCCUACCGUCUUUCCAGAGGAAAACUUGGACAGCUUUUUACAACUUGGGAAUGAAAACUUUAAGCUGUUCUCAUGUCUUUCUGUUAGAACCUCUGGGAAUGGGAUCAUAGCUUGAUGUCAUAGUUAAAGGGUGCAUUUUGGGGGAAUUAACUGUUAGGGGUCUUUGGGACUAUGGUUUUGAUUUGCAAACUAUUUCCAUCUAGAUCAACUUGGAUGCCUUCCUCUGACGGACUCUAUUGCCUUAUAUUAUCCCUGAAAGCCUGAAUGGAAGAUAAAUGGGGUUGGGUAACUUUGGGGUACUGAGAGUUUGAUUUUGAGGGGUUUUGUUGUUUGUUUUGAGGAGCGUGCAGGAUUGUUACAGUCUAUGCAGAAUAUUAUCAACGUUGUUAUCAUUAUUGUUUUUGGAAGCUCCAAGCCAUGGGAACAUCAUCAUCAUGGCAUCAGGAGAUAGAAGUUGUCAUAGAAACCAUUUAAUUUUUUUGUGUUUUUUGGGUACAUUGUUUCUGUAAUAUUUUUGUUUAUCUUUUUUUGUAAUGUAUUGCCUUACAUUUGAUUCAUAGAUAAAUGGUUGAAAAAGGAAAACAUUAAGUUAACAAAUGUAAAACUGCACUGUUUGAAUUGUAAGUUAUUUGUAGAAGACUAAACAGGUGUAGCAUUUUGCUCAUCUUGUGCCUUUUGGAUAACGAUUUUACUGCCGUAUCUGUUUGCGUUUCUCUCCAAAACAAGACGAACUCUUAUCAUCCUUUAUAAACAAAAAAGGAAAAUAUCUACUGCUAUGUGAUUUUAUCAGAACAUACAUGGUUUGAAUGAGAACGGUCCACUCUAUUGUAUAUAUUAAACAUUGUCAACCAAAGUUCAAAAGUUCAAUAUUAAGAAUUCUGCAUGACGACGCAAGAUGUUCUGCUGUUUUUGAAUACGGUGAUAAAUUAAAAGCAUCUUCAUUUUCCCCAUCAAAUAGUCCUUUGCGGUGUACAUAACUAAAAGAAAUGAGAUCAUGAAUACCUCCUCAUUAUCCAACAUGGUUUUUACAUGUGUGUUCAGUAAUUUAAGCACUGGAAACUAUGAUGUGUUUUGUCUUUGAUGAACUGCAUGUUAAACUGCAUUGGAGGCCGCACUGAUGGAUAUGUGUCAAUAAACAUAUCUUUAUCACCUAU